CUGAAAGAGGACGAGCAAGCAAGCAAGUGGAAUGUGCCGGCUGGUGAGGACAGAACCCACCCACUCGUUGCCCCCGAGCCUUUGUAUAAAUACAUCGGUUUGUUCUCUUAUGGAAUAGCCCUGAGAGAACUUCCCCCAAUACUCCACACAUAUUGGCACCCUUCUUUCAACCUUGAACAAACCACGCAGUAUGGCUCAACGUCUAGUCCCCGACAUCGACGAGACCUUGCCCGUCCACGACGCCGAAGCCCUGGACCACCAGGCCCUGUCGCUCGUCAUGGACCGGGCCUUCAAUCGCAUGGGCCACUGGUAUUCGCACCUCAUCUACACCUACGACUACCAGGUGAACAUCCUCCAGACCAAUUGGUCGGAUCCAGGGCUGCGUCACACCGUCCUCGACCUAGUGACGCGCUCGCGAAAUCAUGGCCUCGAGGUGCUACAUGGGGACAUCCAGGAUUGGGCCGCGGUCUUGUAUCGAAUGGAGCGCGCGCUCGCCGGCAUCUUGACGGAGCUCCUUCUGAACCACGUUACCGAUGAGGAGCGCGAGGAUCCGCUCAUGUGCCGGUUCCGUGAGGUGUUCGCUACUGGCAACGUCACGGCGGGCACCUCCUUUGCCACCUCCUCCACCUCCUCGGUCGAUAUGGAGAUCCUGCGCCAGUUGGAGGACAUCGGUGAGCAGGAACGCGCCCGGCAUCGCCGCCGGGCUCGCGCGACGAACCUGAUGAUGUGCAUUGCGCUGGCCAAGCCCAUCCAGAUCCUGCGCUUGAUGAUUCCCCAUCCCGCCAAGACCAUGAUGGAGCUCUGGAGCAAUCCGUUCGAGUAUCCGGCGUGGCAGAACCACUGGCCGUGGGGUGGGGAUAGUUUCUUCCCCCCCAGGGACCCGGUGCCACCCCCCACGGAGGCGGAUGCUGCCCCCGUAGCUAGCCAGCGAGCGAUCGGGCCGGAUGACAUAUGUCCCAUCUGUCGGGGCGAGUUCCAGACCGAAGACCAGGAGGCGGCGUUGCCCGUCGUCUGGUGUGCGCGCUGCGGGAAUAACUUCCACGGCGCCUGUCUGUCGACCUGGCUGGACGGCGCGGGCUCGUGCCCAAUGUGUUUUUGCUUGUGGCAGACGGGGCGGACUGGGUAGAUUGAAGUUCAGUCGGCCUGCCUUACGCAGGAUCUUCUUAUCGAAAUAGAAUCGAUUUCUAAGGUUAUUAUUAUCCCAUCGCUUUUCUUUCCCCCUAGCUCUGUAUCGCGAACCCGGUGAUCCGGUAUUGCA